AUGCGUCCUACGUUUAUUCUGGCCGCCUUAUCAUUCGCUUUUUUGGCCGCUGCAGAUGGCUCAACCGCACAAUUGGACUGGAACACCAUCACUCCCAGCCGUGUCCUGCAGUACCACGAAUGUUACGAUGGCUUCAAAUGCGCGCGUCUAGAGGUGCCUCUGGACUGGGCCAAUGGCUCCGACAAUCGUACAGCAGUUAUUGCUAUCGCCAAACUCCCCGCAGUCGUCUCCGACGACGAUCCAACUUUUGGCGGUAGUAUCUUUACGAAUCCCGGGGGCCCCGGGGGUUCGGGUAUCUCCUACAUCCAACGAGCUGCGCGUAAUAUGCAGAAUUUUCUUGAUAAACCAGGCCGCCGCCACUACGAGCUUGUAUCGUGGGAUCCCCGCGGUAUCGGCCAUACGACGCCAAGCUCUGACUGCUUCCACUCGAACACUGUGUCCCGGAAUGCCUGGCUGCUCGAAGAACGCGGCAAUGGAGGGCUUGAAAAGGGCAUUGACGCAAUCAAACAUGGUCUAUCCAUGACAAAGGCCUUGUCUCAGCACUGUAAAGACCAAGGGGAUGCCAUGGCAUAUGUGAACACUCCAAGUGUGGCUCGUGAUAUGGUACACAUGGUGGAUAAAAUCGACGAGCUGAGGCAGAAAGAGAGCACUAUCAAGGUUCACGGGGAGCUCAAGAAGCGAACUAAGGAUGUGGUUGGACGCCUGCAGUAUAUCGGAUUUUCAUAUGGCACAGUGCUUGGUAACUAUUUUGCCGCUUUGUAUCCUGGACGUGUUGGUCGGAUGGUGCUCGACGGAGUUGUCAAUGUAGAUGAUUAUGCACAUGGACCCGGCUGGCUCUCGAGUCUUGAUGAUACCGAUGAGAUUCUCGAACAAUUUUGGCAAGGCUGUCACGAAGCAGGCCCGUCUGUUUGUGCCCUCGCUUCUGCCUCUGAUGCAUCGGCUUCCGGCCCCAAAGGUCGCUUCUGGUCCUGGGUAGCCCAACUAGAUGACAACCCGUUACCCGUGGUGACUUCUAAAGGAUUUAUGGUCAUUGUCACUGGCAAUGAUAUCCGCAAAUUUGUCGGCGUUGCUCUCUACGACCCUAUUCUGUUUUUCAAACCUCUAGCCAAUACACUUCACCAGGCUAUGGCAGGCAACACAACUAGCCUGAUAACUAGCAUGAUGAGUUUUGACCUUAUCCCGGACCUAGACAAUGUCUGCUCCGCUAAACAUAAUCCUACAAUCCUGCCCGAAGCACGAUCUGCUGUGCUCUGUGGUGACGGCGAUGAUCUCACUCACAAAGAUGCCGCCUGGUGGCACAAGUAUGUUCAGCAGCUGAUGGGAAAAUCGCAAUUGUUUGGCAGUUAUUGGUCCAUUAUCCGCUUCAGCUGCUCCAGCUGGCCGUUUCUCCCCAACUUGUCAUUCAAGGGCCCUUUUAAAUCCCCAAUAGCCGUCCCCAGUCUGGCUGCAGGACAUCCAGCUGCACCGUUAUUGUUCCUGAGCAACCGACUCGAUCCCGUCACGCCACUCAAGUCAGCUCGUGCCAUGGCUUCUAACCACCCCGGCGCUGCCCUAGUCGUUCAGGAAUCCAUGGGCCACUGUACUAUUAGUACUGCCCCGAGUCAAUGCACCAAGAAGAUUGUCGCUGACUAUCUCGAACAUGGUACGGUGCCUUCGGGGGAAACGGUAUGUGGCACGCAGUGUGGGCCGUGGGAUGAGAACUGUAGCGGUUAUCCUACCGCCAGUAGCAAGUCUACAGGUGAGCCAUUUCCAGAGGGUUCUUUUCCGAGCUGGAUGUUCCCUCUAGGGGUGUAG